AUGGGCGGUCGCGGGCGGCCCCACGGGGCCGUCAGGCGCGGCGGAUGGGGGCGGUUGAAUGGCUUGCUGCGUCCCCUCCUGGGGGCGCUGCUCGCGCUGGCGUGCGUCGCGGCGGCCCGCUGCGCGCACGCGGACUCCUCUAACCCGGAGCUUGAAGCUAAGAGGCGCCGGCUGCAGGUGCAGUGCGCGACGACGCUCAAUAUCCUCGGUCUCAACAACAUCCCUGCCAACGUCAACAGCUUCGACCUGGACAUCGCGAUCGCGAAUUACCGGGCGGCCUUCGCCGCGGAGAUCACGGCCGUGGUGGCGGGCUCCCACGCGCCCGAGCCCAACGUUCUGUCGCCCGCGGAGGCCAUCGAGCGGCUCCGCAUGUUCGCCACGCAGCUCACGCAGUCCGCGGGCGGCUGCGACGCCGCGUGCCAGGCGCGGCAGCGGCAGGCGCUGCUGGACAUGGGCGCGCAGCUGGCCGCUGCCGACUGGAUCGACGAGGAGCUGCGCGACUACUGGCUGCCCGGGGGCGCGGGCAACAGCCUGCACCACUGCUGCUGGAAGGGCGUCGAGUGCUGCGGGGCGGACGCGCAGCUCCUCAUCGGGAAGCUCAGCGGCGCCAACACGGACCAGAUCACGUGGGAGUCGUCCAAACAGCAGGGCGUGGUGUGCACGCGGCCGGGCGGAGUCGCGGGCAUCAACCUCGACAAGAUAUCGCGCCGCGCGGACCGCUCCAGCAACGGCGUCGUGUUCCCGGAGGCCGCCAUCGCUGCCGUGCAGGACUCGCUCGAAGUGCUGCUCCUGGCCAGCGCGGGCAUGGGCGGCACCUUCCCGGCCAUGCUGACCACCAUGCCGCUCCUCACGACGCUGUCGCUGGGCGGGAACGACUUCACGGGGACCCUCCCCAGCACCCCCUGGCCCGUGUUCCUGCGCGACCUCUCCAUUCACACCAACCGCCUCGAGGGUAGCAUUCCGUCGACGCUGGCGGAGCCGCUGCAGCUCCGGUACGUCAGUCUGAGCUACAACGACUUCACCGGGAGCGUCCCGCUGGGCCUCUUCUCCGCACCGUCGAUCACCACCAUUGACAUUUCGCACAACCGCGGCCUGCGCGGCGAGGUGCAGAACGGCGCGCAGCUGCGGUCGCUCGUCACGCAGUUCGGCGUCCGCGCCAUGAACAACAUCAACAUCCGCGGCACCAGCAUCUCGGGGUCGAUCCCGAAGUGGGUCACCGACACCCCCGUGACCAGCCUCGACCUCGGCGACAACGGACUCUCGGGGUCCAUCCCGAACGACUUCGGGUCCAUCCCCGAGCUGCGCGAGCUCAUGCUCGACGGCAACCUCUUCUCAGGCACCAUCCCGCCGCACAUCGCCGGCGCGGACCUCACCGUGCUGGACCUCUCCUACAACCAGCUCUCCGGGACGCUGCCCGAGCAGCUCGCGCUGGCGUCCAACCUGGAGGUCAUCAACCUGAGCCAGAACCCCGGCCUCGUGGGCUCCAUCCCGGCGGCGUACGCCAACCUGCGCAACGUGCGCGUGUUCAACGCGCAGGGCACGGGCCUGCGGCACCUGGGCGUCCCGAACUCGCGCGGCGAGCAGCUCCCGGAGUUCCUGCGGUACAUUCCUCAGGGGCAGAUCCGCGUGUUCGCCGGGACGCGCGUGGAGUGCAAGCCGAUCGGGGGGCUCACGGUCGGGAACACCUGCCUGAGCGGGGACCAGCUGCGCUGCAUCAACUGGAAGGAGGUCGUCCUGGAGCCGGCGUACCACCACUACCAGGGCUGCACGUGCCCCGAGGGCAUGGACGAGGAGUGGUCGGAGGACGCCGAGGGGUUCCCGCAGCUGGAGUGCAUCGUGCCGGAGUCGGUCAGCAUCCUCCUCACGGUCAUCCCGCCCGUGUGCGCGGUGGUGCUCGCGCUCGUGAUCGUCGCGGGCGUGCUCGUCUUCUACCGGCGGCGCAUCCAGCAGCACUACCACCAGCGGCGGAAGCGGCGCGGGCCGCCGAUGGGGAACGACGGCCCCGUCACGCUGGUCAACACGGACAUCGUCGGCUCGACGCUGCUGUGGGAGCUGGACCCCGUGGCCAUGCUCGCGGCGCUCAACGUGCACAACGCCGUGCUGCGGCGCGCGCUGCUGCCGCACUACGGGUACGAGAUCCAGACCGAGGGGGACUCGUUCACGAUCGCGUUCCACGACACGGAGGACGCGGUGAUGUGGUGCAUCGCCACGCAGCAGGCCCUGUCCACCGCCGACUGGCCCAAGGACAUCCGGCCCAUCCCGGACGAGCACUACAACUUCCGCAGUGGCGCGCCCAUGUGCGCGGACUCGCAGCCGGGCACGCUGCUCUCGCGGGGCUUGCGCGUGCGCAUGACCAUCGCCACGGGCGACGCCGUGUGCUCCACGCGCGGCAAGCUGCUCUACGCGGGCCCCGUCGUCGACGAGCUCGCCGCUCUCCAGGGCCUCCCCGCGGGGGGCCAGAUCCUCAUGGACGCCAACACCUUCCAGUCCACGAUGCCCAAGCUGGCCGCGAUGUCCCUGACGGCGUACGCCAGUCCGAGCACGCAGGCCGUGCGCGCCAUGGUGCGCCUCGAGGAGCGGAGCUUCGCGGACCGCACAGAGCUGAACAUCACCUCGCUGGACGAGGGCCCGCUCCUGACCAUCAAGCAGAGCGCGGAGCUGGGCGAGGCCGACCGGGAGGGCAUCGUGCCGCCGCGGGACGGCGGCGGAACCACAACGGGCUACCGCGCCUCGAUGGACGCCACGCCCGCCCCCCCGGGCGUCCGCGCCUCCGUGGACGCCGGGGGGUUCCCCCGCAAGAACGCGAACGGGGAGGAAGUGGACGUCGUGAACGAGGGCAGCAGCGACGACGACGCCAACGACUCGGGCCCCAACAUGUUUGCCAAGCUGCUCCAGCGGAAGCGGGCGAAGCGCUGGUUCCAGAAGGCCACCUCCGAGGGCUCGAUGGACUUCGGCGUCGACCGCUCGAGCUCCGUGAAGCUCGACCUCAUCCCGGUCAUCCACAUGGGGGAGUACCAGGUGGCGGGCUUCCGCGAAGAGGCCCAGAGUCUGUACCAGGUGCUGGUCCCGGGCCUCGAGGCCCGCGGGCUGCACUUCCCGCAGCCCCGCGGCGCCACGAAGCUGUCGCUGGGCUUCUUCGACGCCCCCGGCGCGCGGUCGGCGUCCCUGGGCCCGAUGACGUCCUUCACGGCAGGGAAGGACCACGCGCACACGGGCGUCGCGGACACCGAGGCCAAUCUGGGCUCCACGGGCACGCUGCCGCGCGUGGCGAUCGUGUUCUGCGCCGCGACGAACCUCACCGGCCACGUGGACGUCGUCGACGAGAAGGGCGAGAAGAGCCAAAGCCGCAUCAACGAGGGCUCCUCCGGCGCGAUGGCAGCGCGGACGCCCAAGGACGUCGAGCUCGCCAUGGAGCUCUACCUGUCGCUCGUGCGCGCCACGCUGCCGGUGUUCAACGGCUACGAGUGCAAGGAGCAGCAGGGCGUGGUCAUGGCGGCACUGCCGUCGGUGGCCGACGGGAUCGGCUGGGCGCUCACGCUCCAGGAACAGCUCCUCAGCAUGGCGUGGCCGCCGGAGUUCCUCAGCCGCCCCGGGUGCGGCCCGGAGAGCAACCCGUCGACGGGCGUCCUCGCGUUCCGCGGCGUGCGCGUGCGCAUCGGGCUCUUUGCGGGGCGCCCGACACGCAUCGCGCCGAACCCGGCGACGGCCCGCGUGGACUACUUCGGCCCCGUCGUCAACCAGGCCGCUCGGCUGUGCUUCGUCGCGGCCCAGGGCGGGCAGGUCAUCCUGACCAAGGCACAGGCACUGUCGUGCCUGGGCAGCGCCAAGCACGCCCCGCGCGGCCCGGCCGGGAACCGCGGCUCCGAGCGCGGGGAGGGCCGCAACACGCCGAGCCGCCGCGUCGACUCCUCGGCCGAGAUGGCGCGGGCGUCGUCGCGGUCGGCGCGUGCGGGCCCCGAGCACGACAAGGCCGCGGCCCACGCCGACUCGCAGCGCAAGCGCCGCGCGACCGACGGCGGGUCCUCGGCGAGCGGGAGCGGCCGGGGCGAGUCCGGCAUCGAGCGCCACGGCAGCGUUCCGCACCGCAAGUCGAACCUGGGGCCCGUUAAGCCCCCGCUGCCCGCGCGCCAGUCGUCCGAAGCCUUCGCCAACAACUUCGGGUCACUCCUGGUCCUGAUCGCGCUCGGCCGCGCCACGCUCGCGCGGCGGUCGGGCACGGAGAGCGCGCGCUCGGCGGGCCGCCCGUACUCGCACCAGACCCCGUCCGAGGGCUGCGCGGCCGCCCCGGAGGCCCCAGUGCGGCCUGGGUACAUCGGCGCCCCCCCGCUGCACACCGGGUGCACGGUCAGCAGCUCGGGCAACUCGGCCUUCCAGCCCUUCCACGGCGCCCACGCCGCGGCGCGCCGCCCGUUCGAGGUGAGCGCGUACAACGCGGGGCGCUUCCAGUUCAAGGGGAUCUCGGUGCCGGUCGACGUGUGCUACCUGUCGACGCCGAUGCUCGACGCACGCUCCUACAUCACGAAGAUCUCGAAGAAGGGCAGGGGCAUCGCCGCCGCGCGCGCCGCGCGUGGCAUCAAGGACAAGGUCGAAGCCCCAGUGAUGCUGAGCUCGGGGAUGAUGGAGGUCCAGCGCCUGCCGCACGCCGCCACGGCGGAGAUGGUGUCGCGGCUGACGGCGAUGCGCGGGACGGCGCCGCCGUCGGGCGGCAGCCACCCGAAGAGCCGGCAGUCGGGCGGCCCCGUGGGCGUCACGCGGUUCGGCCGCAAGGGGCGCCUGACGGACAGCUCGCGCCAGAGCAGCAGCCGGCUGCGCCAUGGCCUCGGCGGGGCCAGCAGCGCCGCGCAAGGCAGCGGUGCACCGGGCGGGUCCGGGCACCGCCCCCGGCCGCGCCCCCACGCUCAGUCUGGGGUGCGGGAAGCCAGCAUGCUGGCGCCGCUCGCCGGCGGGAUGUCGGUGGGCGUCAACGCGCUGCUGAUGCACCACAACGUCGGGGAAGUGCCCCUGGAGGUGCAUGAGGGCGCGCAUGCGCAGGUUUGCCUGUCCGGGGGCGAAGGCUUGGGGGUUCCCCGGCACCUGGGCGGCUCCCCCUUGAAGCACGUGUCGCGCAACUCGCCGCACUAUAUUGGCGCUGGCUCGAGCGGCCACCGCAGUAGCCGCCAGCCCAGCGAGGCCGAAUACCAACACUAG